CUAUAUCUGGUCUCCCACAGACCCUGCAUUCACUAUAUCUGGUCUCCCACAGUACACACAACAUGGAAAUACAAUUAUUUUAGUAACUAUAAACCGCUAAAUACCUUUUCUCAUCAGCAGUUAAAGCAGUCUUGUGACCUCUAUCAGUGUCCAGUAGAGCACUCCUUAAAGCUUGUAAGAGUUUUAUUUCUGCUCUGGGAGGAUGCAGUACCCAUGACUUAUGUCUGGACAGUGCUGAUUGGCCCUGUGCUGAUCACAUGCACUCUCCCAAGAAAAUAAAAACCUCUCUAGCAAUACAAACUAAACUGAGCAUGUGCAGAGUGACUCCACACGAUGUGUCUUAUCAGGAGAUAAGAGG